AUGUCGCAGCAAAAGGGAAAGGCCGCCGCUGGCAAAGGUAAGAAGUCCGGCAAGGCUGGAGGUGAGGGCAAGCGCGAGGAUGUCCUGCAGGCUGUGCUCAUCGCCGACUCUUUUCAAGAUAGGUUUGCUCCCUUUUCAGCAGAGAAGCCAAGAUGCCUUCUACCCCUUGCAAACACGCCCCUCAUCGAGUAUACCCUCGAGUUCCUCGCCAUGAACGGCGUCCAGGAGGUCUACAUCUACUGCGGCUCCCACUCGGAACAGAUCGAGAACUAUAUCAACACAUCAAGAUGGUCCCCCAUGUCCAUUCGAACUCCAUUCACGAGCCUGCAGUUCAUCCGCGUAUCCGACGCCCGCUCAAUCGGCGACUUCCUCCGUGACCUCGACGGACGUGGCAUUAUGGACGGCGACUUCAUUGUGGUCCACGGCGACGUGGUAUCCAACAUCUCACUUGACGGCGCGCUGGCGGCACAUAAGGCGCGCAAGGAGGCCGCGGCGACGAAUAUCAUGACAGUGGUCCUGCGAUCAGGCGGCGCGGAGGAGCACAGAACGAAGCCCAACGGCAUCAACCCCGUCUUCGUGAUCGACUCAAAGACAAAGCGGUGCCUACACUACGACGAGAUACAUCCCCUUCAGAGCGACCACUACCUCACCCUCGACCCGGCCGUGAUUGACGAGCUCUCGACCGAUUUUGAGAUGCGGGGCGACCUGAUCGAUGCGGGUAUCGAUAUCUGUACUCCCGAAGUGCUGGCGCUGUGGUCCGAGAGUUUCGACUAUGAGCUCCCGAGGCGAAACUUCUUGCAUGGUGUCCUAAAAGAUUGGGAGCUGAACGGCAAGGCGAUCUACGCAGAGGUCCUCGAUGACGGCUACGCAGCGCGCGCGAGCAACCUCCAAAUGUACGAGUCAAUCAGCAAAGAUGUCCUCGGCCGUUGGACAUUCCCGUUCGUUCCCGACUGCAACGUCAUUCCCGGUCAGACGUACAAGAUGACCAGCGGUGCAGUCUGCGUUGAGGACGGAACGGUGAUGGCGCCCACCAGCAAGAUUACCAGGUCAAUCCUCGGCCAGGGAGCCACCGUGGGCGCCGGCAGCACGGUAUCAAACAGCAUCAUCGGCAGGCGGUGCAAGAUCGGCAAUAACGUUCGCAUCGAAAACAGCUUCAUCUGGGACGACGCCGUAAUCGAAGAUGAUACGGUCAUCCUGCGCUCCAUCCUAGCCGACUCAAGCAUCGUGGGCAAGGGCUCGGUCGUCGCUGCCGGCUCCCUCCUCUCCUUUGGCGUUGUCCUCAGCGACAACAGCAAGAUUCCCGAGGCCACAGUCCUCGCAGUCACCACACACAACGGCACGCCCGUCAAUCCCGACAAGUCACUCGUCGGGCCCUCAGGUAAGGGCGCCCCUUACGUCGACCCAGAGGCCGAGGACAUGGACGACGAGGACCCUUCCACCCUCCAGCGCUCUCUCCUCUACAACCUCGCCCACCUCAACCUCUCCACCUCGACAGUCUCAACCCUCUCCUCCGACAUCGACGACGACGACUCGGACGCCGGCGACGGCAUCACCCAAUUCUCCGCCGACUCCCGCAACCGCGCAGACUCGUUCGUCUCAGACGAUUCCCAAGGCAAAUCAGGCUUCCACCACGACGCCGUCCACGGCCUCCUCGAUGCCCUCCGCGCCGAAUCAGGCGACUUCGACUCCGCCAAGCUCGAAUUCAUGGGUCUCCGCCUCGCCAACGACGCUUCGGACGUGGCCAUGCGUAAGGCUGUUGCCAUUGCCUUUGCCCGCCGCGCCGCAGAGCUCCUCGACCCCGAGCACGGCGGUCUCGAGCCCGCAAAGGCCGCCGACAAGACCUUCAACUCCAACAAGGGUGCCUCAAAAUUCGUAUCCGAGGUCGGCGUCGGCGGCGGCGAGACGGAGCAGGUCGAGUUCGUCCUCGCGCUGCAGCGCGCUCUGCUCGGGUGCCGGAACCUCGAGCACGCGCGCGCCGGCGUGCUGCUCGCCGCCAUGCUGCAGCAGCUGUAUGGCUUGGACGUUCUCGAGGAGGACGGCAUCCUGGCCUGGUGGGAGGACGAGCGCGCCGAGGAGGGCGGGGGCGAAGGCAUGGCGGCGCUCAAGGAGAAGUGCCGGGUUCUCGUCGAGUGGUUGGAGGAUGCUGAUGAGGAGGAGGACGAUGAUUCGGAAGAGGAUGACGACUAG